GUAACGUCACGAUAUGAAAAAUGGAACCUCCUCACUCAUACGAACCGUCAAAAUCACAAAUUUUCACAAACAAAAUUCUUUAAUUUGAUAAUUUUCAUUUCAAAUGAAACAAUAAAUAUAAUAAUAAAUAAAAAUAAAUUGAAAAUAAACUUAAUCACAUCACAAAAAACAAGUAAAAUCCAUUUGAAUCGGAGCGUAACGGCCAAAACCGCCAGUAACGAGAACCGAAUACGGAAAUAUCAACAACGAGUAGAAAAACAUCAACUCGACACACGAUUAGAAUCGAGUAAAAAUUACUAUUUACUUUAUUUGCUACUAAUUUUCAAAAAACCAUGAAAAUGCAAGGAAGAAAAAAGGUCUUAGAAGAAGACCACGAUGCUGUGUCGCAUUUCAUUUGGUGCGUCAGGAAGCGACCAGCUCUGUACAACUACAAACUCCCCAGAGAGCAGCGUAGACGUGCGGAUGUCGCCCGGAUAUGGCAGGAACUUGCUUCUGAAAUUGGUAAUAUCACAGCUGUUGAAUGCCGAAAGAAGUGGAAGAAUCUUCGCGACACAUACCACCAGUAUCGCCUGCGAAAGCUCAAAUACAAAGAAUGCCUAGAGAAGUGGCGAUACACUGCUGAUUUGUCAUUCCUCACAGAUAUCUAUCAACCCAAAUUGAUAUCCGAGCGCGCCAACUAUCUGAAUUCUUCCAAGACCAACAACAAUCACAACACAAUUCAGGAAGUUAAGACAUCAGACAUCUCGUCGCUAAUCGAACUCGAUGAGGAAACCACCCAGGACAGUCAGUCCUUGCACAAGGAAUACAUAAUUGACCAGAAUGACUUCGAUGAUGAGGACAUCGAGCAUGUAAGCGAAAUGGAUGAGAAUGAGAUGCAAUUCUGUGAGGUAACUGAUGGAGGACAUGCCAGGAAUGUUGAAGCCGUAGGCGAUGAUACUAGUUAUGGCGAAGUUUAUCUCUACGAUGAGACAGAGACUAAUGGUGUUGCAGUUGAUUCUUUGGUAUUGCCUACAAAUCAGCCGACAGAUAGUAAGGAGAAUAUCUUAAAAAAACCCUCCAGCAGCAGCGGAUGCACAGCCGUCUAUGUAGGGGAAUUGAGUGCAGAUCAUACACAGCUGGCAUCGCCUUCGCAGCCGCUGCAGCCUUCGAGUGAGUGUCUGACAAUAGGCGAUAAGAAGGACGAAUUGGAUUUGUUCUUUCAGUUUUUAAAAACAAAAAUACAAAAUCUACCGAGUGUCGAUAUAACUGCGAUUCAGAUUGAAUUUUUGAAUGCGGUGCUGCGGAGAGAAGCAGCCAAUUACGAAAAAGAGGCAAAUACUAAUUUAAAAUAAUCCUUGAAAUUUGGAAUAUAAACAUGUGUGUAGGUUCAUAGGUCUAUUUUACAUUAUACAUUUUUGUUUCUCUUAAACUUAUCAUUUAAAUUGAGCCAAUUUGCUUUAAGCAAAAACUGACACAAAACUAAACAAUUAUAUUUUGAUUAAACUUGUUUGUAUAUAUUUAAGAAUAAAGGUAAGUAAAAUAUUAACUUUUUUCAAUAAAUUA